UGAGUAUCAAUGGAUACAUGGAGUACGCCAAGGACCACAAGCUGCUGACCCCUUACCCAGCAUCCUCUCUGGUCCUCCCCUCCAAGCCGGAGGAAGAGGCUGGACCACUAACAUCUAAACAUCUAGGGGCCAAACCAACAUGGUGGAGAUCAGAGUUGGGCUCAAUUCCAUUUCAAUGCCAGUCAAUUCAGGAAGUACACUGAAAAUCCAAUUCCAAUUCUCUGUUAAUGCUCGUCUAAAAUGUAUUUUGAUAGUGAUACCUCCAAUACCUAGCAUUUCCUUUAAAGCCGUAUUCCCAUAUUGACUGUUAGGUGAACCGUAAACCCUCAAACACACAGUAGCUAUGGCAAAGAACAAUUCAAAGGCUUUUAAGUUUCUAAGUGACUAUAAACAAACCACUAAAACUGAUUUAGAACUAUUUCCCCAUUCAGACUUCAGUCCAUUGAGCCUUGGUGCCCAGUUUAUUAUUGACUGUUUAAGGAUAGAUUCUGUUUACCUUUGUCACUGUGGGCAUGUCUGAGCUGGUGUGAGGUGACUGAGGGGAAACUGUUGUUUCAACAAUGUCUCAAUGGUAACCAAGUAACUAUCACUGAACCUAUCAACCUACCUAUAAUUACCUUCCAUAAUGGUACUAUGUGACUAGUUUAGCUGUGCUUUAGUAGUGCUUAGAUAUGUUGAAUAGGGAAUAUUGAAGAGCUACAACAUGAAUACUAACCGGACCCACCCACAGCAGGUAAUGUCUCACAAGUGUCCGUUGGAAUGGAAUUUGGAACAAUAGUGGGGUUUUUUUUUGUAAACGUCCAUGGAAUCAUUUGAAUUUCAUCAAUACGGAAACAACGAUUUCCUCCAUGUUGGAAAAUAUUUCCUGGGACUUAAAAUGUAUCACUUUUCUAUUCCAUGUCAGAGACUGUUUGAUGACCGUUCAUUGGGGUCACCUGAUGAAGGCUGCUGUGGAGAGUGCUGCAAGCCUAGCUGUCGGUGCUGCAGCAGACGAGCGCUCUGUCUCUCCAGUAUAAUACUAACUGUAGGAACAGUCCUGGCUGUGGUAGGGGUUAUACUCGCUCUGGUCUUUGGGAUCCCCAAAUCACCUCCUGGUGAUCUCCCCAACAACCUUCCAGGUGGUCUUGUGUUUCGAUGUGGAAACCCUCAGUUCUGGGUCUUUACUGACAAGAAGUGUAACAACUUCAAUGACUGUGGGGACUGCUCUGAUGAGAUUGGGCCUUAUGCUGGCUGUGCCCCCUGUGGUGUGUACUGGUGGCCCUGCAUACCAGUGGACUUCCAGUACUGUUCCAGCAUCCCUCGCUGUCUGUGCCGUGAUGGACGCCAGCACUGCUACGACUGGUCUGACGAGUACACCUGCCCCAAAAGUUUAACCUGCUAGACUAAGGUGAUCAGAUUUCUGAAAUGAAAACCGGGGACAUUUCCAGCUCGGUGGUCAAUAUAUCAUUAAAAUAUCCAAUGUUAUUAUCUAUUAUAUAUAAUAUCAAUAUAUCAUUAAAUUAUCCAAUGUUAUUAUCUAUUAUAUAUGUCAAUAUAUCAUUAAAAUAUCCAAUGUUAUUAUCUAUAAUGUCAAUAUAUCAUUAAAAUAUCCAAUGUUAUUAUCUAUUAUAUAUAAUGUCAAUAUAUCAUUAAAAUAUCCAAUGUUAUUAUCUAUUAUAUAUAAUAUCAAUAUAUCAUUAAAAUAUCCAAUGUUAUUAUCUAUAAUGUCAAUAUUCAGUGGUCCUGCUAGUCUGGGUAGAACUGAUCUGAACAGCCAUUCAGUGGUCCUGCUAGUCUGGGUAGAACUGAUCUGAACAGCCAUUCGGUGGUCCUGGUAGUCUGGGUAGAACUGAUCUGAACAGCCAUUCAGUGGUCCUGCUAGUCUGGGUAGAACUGAUCUGAACAGCCAUUUAGUGGUCCUGGUAGUCUGGGUAGAACUGAUCUG